UGCAUGCUACAACAUUGAUUGAAUGAAAAUCGUGGUGGUGGUUUAUGUAGGCAUAUAGUAGACAGAAAUGGAAUUAAGUCUGUAUGUGAUAUUGUGCACAUUAUAUUUCGCAGUUCUUAUACAGAAGUCCGAAAGUAAAGAAUGUCUGCAAAAUGGACUGACUUGCCCUCCAGAGUGUUGCAUGGAUUUAGAAAAUAUUUCGUCAUGCUGCCAUCCACACAGGCCCAUAUAUGAAAUAGAUGACAGACAAGUAAUGGCAGUGGGGCUGACUGUCAUCUGUUCCUGCCUGGUGCUCACGGUAACCAUUGUCAUUUGCUGCUUCUGGUAUCGAUGCCCCCUGUACAAUACUUGCCGUGUAAACUACACCCAAGGUCACAUCAUUGCAUACCCUAAAGAUGAUGACCCUCUGAACUCCAUCAUGCCACCUGAUGACGGGCAGAAUCAUUAUUCACCAAAUGCUGUGAAGAUCAAGCCAGUGGAGGAUGUGUGACUCCUCUGUACUUCAGAUACUCUUUUUCUGCUCAGAGACAAAGACUUCAUACAGUGACCAGAUAGCUUAACCUGUAAGCCACCAAGAACCUCUCUUAUAACAUUUCUUUUUAACUACAGAACUUUGUUCUUAUUUAUGACAUUCAGAGAGUCAAUUGAGGGUAGCCUAUGUUGCCAUGACUAAUGUGUUCGCUGUGAUAUUUAUAUUUCAUAUCAAGUUUUGACAGUGUACCUAUUUUAAUCAAUGCAUAGAUGUAGCUUUAGUUUUUUUAUCACCUUUUCCAAAAUUUCAUACCAUUUCUGUUAGAUCUCAUUUUAAGUAAGUAUUAAUCAUGCGAUGUGUCUGUAUAUACCAAAGGUGUGUCUAGAAUUUGAAAUUGUUUGGCUUAAUGAACACAUUGAAAAUUUCAGAUAGGAUUUGCCAGGUGAAGUUGGAGCCAGUGUUGCCAUAUACAUAUACAGGGUGUCCCAGGAGG